UUGAACAGUUGUCGUACGGCUGGCAAGCAAUCGAUACACAAAUCAGAACACUCCGGAGACAAUAUCGGAUUUUUUGGAACGUGAUCACCAACAUACCUAAAAGGAAAUAUUUCAGCAUUAAACGUAAUUUAUGUAGCAAUGGAUGACAACGAUUCAACGCCCGAUAAUGCGCUGUGGCCAUUGCAGGGAGGACAGCGACCAAGUGCCGCCCAAAGUCUUCACAAUCUGACUUUAGGAGAAGGAUCAAAUUCUGCUUCCGAAUUGCCCCUGCCACCGAACAUCUUCACAAACCCAUCCAUCCAGCCCUCCAGUGUGAUAAACCUCAAUCAUUCCAGGGACGUUGUGAUCGGUCCCAGGUAUCAUGGACCCGUGUCCAUAUACUAUAUGGAUUAUACGGAGGCACACGCCAUGCAAACAGCAUCAGGAAUCAACAGUCACAAUGCAAAUGGCAAUGGCAACGCCAACCGAGGCCGCGAUAAAACGCCAUCGCAGAGACUCACCCGGAAUACCAUUCUCCUGAUCACGCUGAUCCUUUUGGUCCUGGCCACCGGAUUGGUGGUGCUCUACGUGGAACUCAAUCGACCCAGAGCGGAGAUGCCCAGCAACAAGGAUAUCUACUUUGGCAAAAACUACGACCACGAUACGUUUUCGAAUAUAGGAAACGGCCACCUGGUCAUCGACAGGGAGCAGUGGGGAGCAGCCAACACCACUCAAGCCCUGAUCAUUCCCCUAAAAAGACCAAUCCCAUAUGUGCUGAUCACCCACAUCCGAGACACAUGGCCCUGUGUGAACAUCUACCAGUGCACCCUCAGGAUGCGAAGCAACCAGGAUUUCGCUAUUGCCAAGAAGGGAUUGCCGGAUAUACAGUCCAAUUUUUAUGUUUCGGACGAGGGCAAUAUCUACGAGGGCCGCGGCUGGGACUGGGCCAACACGUAUGCGAACCAUUCUUUGGCAGUUACCUUUAUGGGCGACUAUGGCCGCUAUAAGCCGUCUGCCAAACAAAUGGAAGGUUUCCAAUUUCUGCUAGCCCAUGCAGUGGCCAACCGAAGUCUGGAGGUCGACUACAAGUUGGUGGCCCAGAAUCAGACAAAGACGACGAAGAGCCCGGGGGCCUAUCUCUAUCAAGAAAUCCGGAAGUGGCCGCACUUCUACGGCUGCGGAAUGGACGGGGCACCGGCUUGUGGCAUCGAACUGGGCAUGAAACCGGAAUCGUGGGAUGCCAAACAAUAGCUACAGACUUUUUUCAAACUAAGUGUAUCAGCUGCGUCUUCGUGCCCGCUUUCUGCAAAUAAAACAAGAAAAGAAGCUUAUAUACCCAUGCAGUCAUCAAAUAUGUCGAAACAAAUACAUAAAGGCUAAACAACA